AUGAGCGAACGUCCAGUAUCACCGUGCCCGGGUGCAGACGAAGGCCAUGGAGCGUUGUCCUCGCACGAUCGGUCGAGUAGUGACUCGCAGCAGCAGCUCAGUCAGUCCUCUCGCGACGCCCAACCGUCCCCGGUCCUGAACGUAUUCAGCGAUGAAUUCUCCCUCGAACGACUAGAAAAUCCGUCCAACAGCCAGAGACGGUCCCUUAACAGCAUCUCAAGCCAGUCGUCCUCGAGUUCGGAUAAGACGGAGACGGAGAGAGAUGGACAUGUUCCCCCCAUGAGCCCCUUUCAAGGUCGCUCUGAGUCGCUGGAAAGACGCGCUUCACAGAUAUUACAGCAGCAGCAACAGCAACAACAAACAGUCCUACCGCAGAUGCCUGAUAAGAUACACUUUCCUUCAGACGUAUGUCCUGUUCCUCGGACGUCUUCUCCUACAGCCUCUAUCGCUCAAAGCACCACCUCUGCCGGCCACCGAAGUGUCAGCACCAUCUCCAGGUUUUCCAUCCCUCCUCGUGCCCUGAGCCCCUACACCGGCCAGACAGGGCCUAGCCACCCGUAUGCUAUGUACUCCCAGGGAAUUUCAGUCAACAGGACGUCCUCUAUUUCAUCAAAUUCGACGACAAGACCUGUUGAGCGCAAUUUUGUGGCAGCAGCCCCACCACAACACCCAUACGCGCUAUAUUCUCAAAAUACUGUCCCCGAACACGUCCCAGACGAGCCUCUCAACACUACUGUCCCCCUUAUAUUACCUGGUCACCCUCAGACAUUUACUCAAACCACUCAAUCUCCCGUUGCAGACGAAGUUGGCGACAUCUUAGGCACGGAUGGAUAUAGAGAACAACUUCCCCCUUACUCCCGCUAUCCAGAUGGCAUCCCAGAAAAAUCAUACUACGCCCCCGCUACACCUCUUGGGGUUGUCACCGCGGCCAAUACUUCCCCUCAGCCUCUCGAGACGCCCGUCUCCCCAAUGUCACAAGUCUCAUCCCGCACACUACUUACAGAAAAUGCCCCUACAAUAGCCACCCCUCCAACAAUUGUCCCUCCACCGCCAGACUCGUCGUCGGCCGAGUCGGGGAAUAUAUCAUCCGAGAAGGUCGACGAAAAGGACAGGAGAAGGAACAAGAAGAUUUGUUGUGGUCUACCGCUAUGGAUCAUUGGCCUCAUUGCCAUCGGCUUGGUCACUGGCACUCUUAUCGGAGGUGUCCUUGGCGGGAUUGUAGGAGCUCGUCAAGGACAGAAAGACAGUAAUAAACCUGGUCCAGACCCAGACCAUCAGUCCACAGUUACCGCAACGGCAACGGCAACGACUAGCGGUACCUUGGAUGCUAUACCAUUACCAACCGCAACCAGCAUUUCUUUCAGUCCCAUCCCCACUGGAGAUAUUUCGAUUUCAGGAAGAACAUUAAAUUCCGAGUCACAAAGCUGUGUUAAUUCUACCAGCCUCAAGCCUGCUUGGGGCUGUAUACCAUACGGUCACUUUAAAGGCUCCAUCUAUGGCGGUGCCAAUGACACUAGAUCGAUCAAAUUCACCCAAACCCCUCUGACUGGCAAGUUCAUAUACGGAGACCAAGUGCCAGCACUAGCGGAUAAGGAAUAUCCGCUUGAGACUGUUGUCGACUCAACAUCCGUGGAGGAAGGGCCCGCCUACUUUUUCUAUACUACGUUCGACAAGCUUGUUAUUAUUCCUGAUGAUGAAUUCCCGCCUAACGUCGCUGGUGGGCAAGUGGAUGAAUCGAACGUGAUCCCACGUUCCACCAAUCGGUCAAAGGUCCAAUCCGUCCCUGGCGAUAAGCCAUGGUUUUGCUGGUGGAACACUACUCAUAUUGAGACAUUUAUUUACGCCAACAAAGAUGCGUCAGAAGACGACAUGAGGACCAACGGCGAAGAUCCCGAUAUCGAAAUAUACCCAACAGGGACAGCCAGCCCCCGUCAAGCUACUCCUACAAUGUCACCCGAAUCCGCUACAUCAAUGCCCAUCUCAACAGCCGGCGAUGGUAAUCUACCGCAAUCCUACGCUCGAGUUGUUAAGAUCAAAGAACUUCGAUUCUCCGACGCCAGUCCAUCUCCACCAUACUGCCAACAGAUGCAGGUCCUGGAUGACUGGAGUUUAUCGAUGUUGAAAAACUCGACGAUCAUUCAAGAAAAAGACUCAGAAGCCGGACCAAGAUCUGACGACGACACCGAUAUUGGCGAUAUCUCGGCUAGAAGCACUAAAGUGAUAAAGUCGCGCGAAGUCGGAUCCGAUCAGUGCUAUUGCGAAUGGAUAUAUGGUAACUGA